CCAACAGUCAGCUCAACUUUUGUAUCUACGUCGGCAGAUAACCUAAAAAGUAUUUUUGUACCAACUGUUUUUCAAUGAAUUAGUGAAAAACUCACAAAUUUUAUUAAAGAAAAACUUACUUUAUUAACCCAGUGUUAUUUGUAUGGUCAAUAUGUCUGAUCUAAAUCCGGAACUCCUAGAAGAAAGGACUAAAAGUGCCGAAAAACAGGUGAUGGAAAUUGAAGAUGAAAUGGACAAGUUGGCGAAGGAAGAUCUUAGUUUUAUAGGUGAUCCACGACUUGAUAAACUGCUCACUGACAACGAAAAAUUAAAACAUCGCCUAGUAAUCCUAGAAAAUGCAAUCAAAAAGGAACGAGGAGGAGAAAGCUCCAUAGCGGUAAAAAAGGAGUCUAAGAAACCACCCACGCUGAUUACUGAUAUCUAUUCCGUAGAUGGUACCUUCUGCAUACUCGACGAACUCAGAAAUAUUUUCACCGUAGCCAUUUUCUCAGCAUACCCAGACUUAGAAGAUCCACCAAUCCAAAUCUCCCUAUCUGGUAACAAUCCAAAGUUUGGGGACUACCAAUGCAACUCUGCUAUGCAGAUAUCGCAGAUGCUUAAAGCUAAAAAUAUAAAAACCAAUCCGAGAGAAGUAGCUAACAAUAUUCUAAAUAAAACACCAACAUCGCCUCUUGUUAGUAAAAUGGAAGUUGCCGGAGCUGGAUUUUUAAAUAUUUACUUAAAUAAACAGUCAGCGGAACACAUUCUUAACUGUAUAUUCAGAUCUGGUGUUAAACCACCACCUGUGAAAAAGGAACGAAUCAUUGUUGACUUCUCCUCACCGAAUGUAGCGAAAGAAAUGCAUGUGGGUCACUUAAGGUCAACAAUAAUAGGUGACAGUAUUUGUAGACUUUUAGAGUACCUAAAUCAUGAUGUACUCCGAUUAAAUCAUCUUGGGGAUUGGGGAACGCAGUUUGGUAUGCUCAUUGCUCAUUUACAAGACAUGUUUCCAGACUUCAAAACCCAUUCUCCUCCUAUAGCUGAUUUACAAGCAUUUUACAAAGAGUCUAAAAAAAGGUUUGAUGAGGAUGAAGAAUUCAAAAAGAGAGCUUACGCUUGUGUUGUCCAGCUGCAGUCGGGACAGCCUGAUUACAUUGCUGCCUGGAAGUUAAUUUGUAAUGUGUCACUUCAGGACUUCCAAACAAUAUACGACCGGUUAAAUAUUAAAAUAACCCCAAGAGGAGAAUCUUUCUAUCACAGUAGGAUGAAUGCAGAUGUAAAGGAAUUGAAAGAAAAGGGUUAUUUAGAAGAAGAUGAAGGGAGGUUAAUUAUGUGGCCACACCCAGAUAAAAAUGAGGGUAUACCAUUAACAAUUGUCAAAUCGGAUGGUGGGUACACUUAUGACACCUCUGAUAUGUCAGCUAUAAAACAGAGGGUUCAAGAAGAGAGAGCUGAUAGGUUCAUUUAUGUGACAGAUGUUGGGCAAUACACACACUUUUUGCUUAUAGAUGCUUGUGCUAGAAGAGCUGGGAUAUUGACUAAUAACAAAAAAUUAGAACACGUAGGCUUUGGAGUGGUCCUUGGUGAAGAUAAGAAGAAAUUUAAGACAAGGUCUGGUGAUACUAUUAAGUUACGAGAUUUGCUUGAUGAGGGCUUAAAAAGAGCACUUGAUAAGUUAAUAGAGAAAGGUAGGGACAAAGUUCUCACUCCUGAGGAGUUAAAACAAGCACAAGAAGCUGUUGCGUAUGGUUGCAUAAAGUAUGCAGACCUCUCACACAAUAGAAUUAACGAUUAUGUCUUCUCUUUUGAUAAAAUGUUAGAUGAUAAAGGUAAUACAGCAGUUUAUUUACUGUAUUCAUUAACUAGGAUUAGGUCUAUUGCUCGGAAUGCUAAAAUAUCAGUCGAAAAAUUAAUGGAGGAAGCUCAAAAAAGUGGUAUCAAACUGACAGAUGAAACAGAAUGGAAACUGGGCAAAGUUCUUCUGCGGUUCCCAGAAGUUAUCCUUAAAGUUUCUAAGGAUUUAUACAUACAUAGUUUAUGUGAGUAUUUAUAUGAAAUAUGCUCAGCAUUUACAGAUUUUUAUGACAAAUGCUAUUGCAUUGAAAAAGAUAAAAGUGGAAAUAUUGUUAAGGUUUUCUAUGAGAGGUUGAUGCUCUGUGAAGUUACUGCAAAAGUAAUGCAGAAAUGUCUUGAUAUUUUAGGUCUUACAACAGUAUCUAAAAUGUAAAAUAAUAUAUGGGGUUAAUUUCCACCCACCUGCAAUUUUUAUAAACCAGUUGCAGUUUAACCUUUUACGGCAUAUAAAUAUUGAUAGCCUCCUAAAUAAAUGAGGUAUCUAACACAAGAAUAGUCAAGUCAAUAGUUCUUGAGAUUAGCUCGCUUGAAUAUGAUUUUUUUUAUUACAUUAUAAUAUUUGCAUUUAUAUAGA